GUUGGACAUGCGUCAGCGGGUGCCUCACUCCCAGGAUGCAGACUGUACCCAUUGAUCUUUCCCUUGGACCUCCUCGAGAGCUCCGCCGCGGUCAAAACGUUGGCGGACUUGGACUGAGAGUACGCAAUGAACGCCUGGGUGUGCCCGAUGCUCGCCACGAAUACGACGCGCGGUGUGAACUUGUCUGUCCAGGUCGCGAGAAUCUUCGGCGCGAUGAGCGCGGUGAAUAGGAACGGGCCCAGGUGGUCCGUGGCCAUUUGAUU